CGCUGCCUCUUAAAGGAACCAGUUACUACCGGACGCAACUGUAUUUUAACUGCUGAACAUUUCACUACGUGUACAGUACGUUUGAGGUUUACAUAAAGUUUUUUUUUUUUUUUUUACAUUUUAUUUCUGCGCUACAUCUGGAAAAAGUUUAUCCAUCUUGCUGAGAAAAAUGGGAAAUUGACUAAGUUUUAUCAGACACCUUGUCUCAGAUGGAGCAGAGAAACUAUGGGAGCCAUAAAAGCCGGAUCCCAACGUUUAUUCGCAGUGGAUACACAAGACACCUCACGCAGGAAGCCAGUGACAGAUCAAGGUCAGUCCUUGGCCAGGAGGCUAAGGACUCUGCCGGAGAGAUCGGUUCUAGCAAAAAAACAGUUACCAUGGCACCUACUUCUAGGUUCAUGACAGGCAAGAGCUUGUAUACUGCACGAAAGCCACUGAUCUCAACAGAGCACCAGAUUUCAAUUUUGAAGAAUCCUUCCACACUUGAAUACUUAGAAAGGGUUCACAUGAGCACUGUGGACAAACAUGAAACACAAGAUGAGGGGAUGGAUUCUAACAUGUUGGAUAGCACGAGUGUUCAACGUAUCAUUGCUUCUCCUCUUUCAGCAACCAGAGAAGACCUUUGUGCCUCUUUACAUUUAUCAGAACUUACGCUAUGUUCUUCUCACGAGGAACCUAAUUUCUGUCCUGUUUCUUCAGCAAACAAAGUUGAAAGUAGGAGCCUUUCGAGUUCCUUUUUAAAUGAUUUAGACCUCACAGUCCCAUUAAGCCCUAAAGUGACUUCCACCCAGCAUAUUAUUCCUCAUUCAUACACCUCCCGAACAUCCCAAAGGGCAACCACAAGGGAAUCCAAGCAAGUAAGACCCUCUUUUCUAAACACUGGCUGUUCACGGAGUAACAGCAAAAGCUACACUUCUGAACCUAAACGAAUGUCCCGCUAUCAGAUCACUUAUUGGGCCUGUGCUAUCCCCAGUACCUUACCACCCUCUCCAAACCGUAAGUCUCCAAGCUGGGACCCUGACAAGGAGUAUCAGUCCCUCCUGGAUUAUACAUAUCCUCUUAGGCCCAACAUGACAAAUACCUGGGGAUCAAAUGAACAGAUCUUACGAACUGAUCAGCCUUUACAAGACUCUGGCAUUGGAGUAGACAGUUUUCUUAGCUCGUCUAGUCUUUCCUUCUUGGACCAGCCUGUUUCUGGAAUGAGGAAGGGAAAAACUAGGCCAGGUUCUAGUCAAAGUUUUGGAUUUCAAAAUCUGAAUCUGAAGAAUCUGGCACAUUCCAGGUUGUCAGACCUCAGGGUGUCAAGAAGCAUGAAUUCCUCCCUGGAGCAGGUGGGUUUAUCAAUUGAAAGUCUGGAUUGUGAGGGGAAAGACAGCUUUCAUUAUAAGAAAUGUGGCAUCUUUUCCACAUCCAGGUCUCCUCCGACCUUUAUCAGGUCCACAAGCAUCUUACCCCAUCCAGGGUCACUUGGUGAGUGGGAUGAGGAGUUUCUCCACUUGCCAGAGCAGCUACAGGAGAUUCAAGAUCUUUCUCAGAAAUUAAAAGACAUUACAAUACACAUUAGUCAGCCAACCACCAACGACUGGGAGUCUCUGCAGAAAGACAGUGCAUUAGUUAGAUCUUUCCCAGUACAAGUGGAGAAACAGGCAGCUGACGUCUCUUGUGUGCAAGGGUCUACUGAAGACAUUCCUUUUAUAGAGAAGACCAAGGGAGUGGAUAAUAGAGUGCAGGUAAUAGGCCACCAGGUAACCAGAAAUAACUUGAGGGAUUUGGAAGCCAUUGUGGAUCAGUUAGGUGGAAUGUCUUGGGAUGAGUUUAAGAGAGAGACAGAGACUGUUGAGGGAGCGAAUGAGACACAGGACUCCCUUUUGCAGCACUUGCAAACAUUCUGCUCAAAUUUAGAAAAACUGAUUCAAUGGCUGCACAAGGUGGUGGAGAAGAUGGAUUUGCUUUACCCUCCUUCAGUGGACAUUGAGAGUGUUAAAGCCUCUCUGGCUGACUAUAAGAGUUUUCAGGAGGAAGUCCAAACCCACAGGCCACUUACUGCAUCCAUCCUCCAGACUGGAGAGAUGCUUUUGUGCUGUAUGAACUCGACUGCUCCCUUUCUGAAAGAGACACUGACGUUAAUAGAGAGGCAGUCUCAUACACUGGAGGCUCAUUCAGAGCAUCUCUUCUCCUCGAUUUUAUCCACCAUGGACUGUCUCACUGAACCAAACUCACAGGACAGCACAGAAGAGACAUCAUUCAGCAGUCAGGAUCAGUACCAUUGAAUGUGCCUGUGACCCUCAUUUUAUGUGCAGGUGCUGUAGCAAAGCGGUAAUUCUGAGUGGCUGAAGUAUUUAAGUAUUUAACACUGUUUGUUGUCUGUGCAUUAAAUUUUUUAACAUUUACUUUAAAGAGCUAUCAUGUUGUACUUUACGCAUAUGUGUAUGUCAACUGUUACCACAGAUGCACUUUUAAUUUUGCACAUUUGCUUUGGAUAUGUUCAGUGACAUGUACUAUAUAUUGCUCUCAUAUUACUAAAAGGUCACUCAAUGUCAUAAGUAUAUUAUUUUGCAACAUUUUACAGUAUAGUGCUUGUCUGUCCUGGUACAUAUCAGGAUCUCAGGUUAUUAGGGCUAUUCAUUAAGGUUUAAUAAGUGCUCAAUACCAGCCCUGCAGCUUCAGUUUCUAUCCAAGCAAAAAGGUACACAAUAGACUGUUGUCCACAGUGCACAGUGUGUACCUUUUAUAAGCACUAUAAACUAAGUCCUUAUUGAUGUUAUGCAUGUUAUUAUAGCUUAUUCUAGAAAGACUACAUUAAACUUUCCAGUCACUCUAUACUGGCAUUUAAGAAUCAAACUAUUUUUUGGAUUAUUAAAAAUGAUCUUGAUUGCAGUUUUCUAUUAACAAGAGAAUAAACUUUGUACAACUG